AUGACACCCGCUCCACCAUAUUCCGAAAGACCCCAGCCACUUCCCCCAGUGGCGCCGGCCCCAGCGCCUCGCACCCCGGGAAUGACCCUAUACAUGCUCUUCCUCGUCCUCACGCAGAUCGCCACGGUCGUGCUUCUUGGAGUCUGCGUUAACGCUCUCACUGGUAUCCAUAGUAUGCUAAAGUCUGGGAGGGCGGGAGUCAUGAUUUACCGAAACUACGCCACUCCCACUCCCUUCGCGAGCCCGGUGGUGGUGAAGAUCGAUACGGAAGAUGGUCGGGAUCCGUUGUUUGUCACUCCGCUCGGGACUCCGACUGUAAGGGUCCAGGCUGAACCGGAGGUUGAUACUGGAGGGAAGGAGGUGGUGGAACCGCCGGUAGAGACUGGAGUGGUAGAGACUGUGGUGGUAGAGCCUACUGUGGAGGAUGUACCGCCGGAGGAGACAGGGAAUAGUCUAAUCCGUUAG